GAUUGAGCGACCAACGUUCAUCAACCUACACCCCUGGUAUUCUUCGAAAUGGCAUUGCAGGGGGUCGAGCAGACGAUCCUUCGGGAUCCUGCUCUUUUCUAUUGGAUCGUGUUUCCUAUUACUAUUGUCAUGAUUCUCACUGGUAUCCUCCGCCAUUACGCCACCGUCCUCAUGAACAACCCCCCGAAGCCCGCCGCGACGCUGGCCGAGUCCCGUGAACGCCUGGGCCUGAUCCGCGGCGUCAACUUUCGAAACAACGCCUACGUGCUCAGCCCGGACUCGUUUGAGAUGCGGCGCAAAUACCUCAUUGACGCGUACCACGAGGGGGCUUUCCUCAAGGAUCCGGAGAACCGCGGCCAGCCGCCGGCGAACCCGAUGACGGACCCGGCGGGCAUGGAGGCGAUGAUGGGCAUGAUGAAGGGAAACAUGAUGAUGAUGAUCCCGCAAACGCUGAUUAUGAGCUGGAUUAAUGCUUUUUUCUCGGGGUUUGUUAUCUUGAAAUUGCCGUUCCCUCUUACCAUCCGGUUCAAGUCGAUGCUGCAGUCCGGUGUCAUGACCCGCGAUCUGGAUGUGAGAUGGGUGUCGAGUCUUUCGUGGUAUUUCCUGAAUCUGUUUGGUCUGCAGUCUGUGUUUGGGUUUAUUUUGGGUAGCGAUAAUGCGGCCAAUCAUAUGGCGUCACAGAUGGCCGGGAUGAACCCUGCUGCUGGCAUGAACCCCUUCCAGCCGGGCCAGGACCCCGACAAGAUGUAUCAGAAUGAGGCAGAGAAUCUCGCCGUCAUGGAGCACUUCUGCAUUUUGGACGGUAUUGAGGAGCGGAUCUUGCAAAACUAUGGCGGCCAGUGAGGCCUGUCGAGUUAGUUUUCGAUUGGCGAGUAGACUUCUUUGCUCUUUGGUGUUAUAGUUCUCGAUAUGUAGGCUUGGAUGUAGAUGUGCUGCAGGUUAUAAAAAAUCUUAUUUCCAGGCGGGAUGAUUGCACUGGUUCUGAAUCUCAAUGUGCGCAAAUAAGAG